AUUUUAUUAUGAAAGGUAUUUGGUAUGUUUUGUUGUGGGUAGUCUCCAGGUGAGCCUACCUAAAUAAUUUGCGUGUGAAAUCAGAGAACAUAUCAUUUUCUUCUGAGCUCCUAAAAUCUGCAAAGAGGGACUCGCACCAUUAAAGAGCUUUGCUUCCCUCUUGCAUGAGGUUAAAAUUCAAUCGAAUGUCUCAGAGGAAAAUGAUUUCAUGGAGCGAUGGCAAGUGCCAAGCCGCUCAAACCCAGGAUGCAGCUGCUCAAGAUAAGUCAUGCAUAAGGUCUGUUCUGCAAAUAGCUGACAAGAAUUGUAUGGAUGCUAAUCAUUCAUUCACCACAGAAUAUUCCGAGCUGGUUUCAUCCUGUUCGGGGGGCAUUAUCUGUGCAGAGGAUGAUGAAAAACCGUGUUUUAGCUUUUACAAUCAGGGUUAUGUGGAAAAGAUUAAGGAGUUUGAGUUUUAUGUUGACAUGGUGAAGAAAAUAGCAAGGCCCGGUUGUGAGGCCCAAGUACUUGAUGUGGCUUUGGCCCAAAUGUUGAUCCUGUUCGAGACACUCACUCUCGUGUCAUCUUGUAAACCGAACAUUCGUGCUUCGCUUUAAAGGGACCGAGGCCCGAGCAAUCGCUCUUUGCAAGAAAUUAUAUAAAAUUAUUGUAAAUUUUUUAGUGUACCUUUGUUUGAAGCUCCAUUAAUGUAGACAUUUUGGUUGUGUGAGAUGUGCAACCAAAAACCCCCCACACUGCUUGUGAACAUCUGUUGGACUUCAGCCCAAGUGUGGUUCUCUAAUGGGCCUAAUAUGAGCCUAUUAUUACUCUGUGGGCAUUCAUAUGAGCCCAUCAUUUAUGCUAUAAAAAUAAUAAUUUUUGCAUCUCUUUGAUUUCAGCCCGACCAUUUUGUUUUGGGCAUUAAUAUGAGCCAAUCUCAUAUCAUAAAAGACUGCUCUGGGGAUUAAUUUUGCAGCUAAUACUUCAAUUUCAAG